AUCUAUUUUAUUUAGUUACUUAGUUAAAUCAAAAUAAUUCGUUAUUGAAGCAAAUAGCAACUCAGGUUGCACUCUUUGUCGGAAAAAUUGAAUCAAAAGCAUUGAAUACCAUGGGUUUUACUACAGACUAGGUUAUAAAGUCCUUUUUUUUUGUUGUUUUAUGAUUGUCCAGUUGUUUUACCUAAAAAAAAAUAACUCAAUCAUAAUUUAAAAAAAAAAAUUAGAAAACUGUAAUUUUUAAUAUUUUAGCACAAUAAAAAUGAAAAAAAAUAUAUAGAUUUGAUAAAAAAAAAAAAAACAAAUUAUGGGUAUUUUUGAUAUUUUCCUCUUUUUCACUUAAAGACUUACAAAUGUAAUAGGCCGGGCCUGCCAUAUGAAAUGGACGCAACGAUUACAAGGUAAAGCCCAAACUCAAGCAAUAAGUUAGAUAGCCACCAUACCGCCAAACCAUCCGUUCAAAGUUUCAGACGUCGAUGCUGGUCCAAUUUUAUCUCUGAAUCAUAGCACUGACAUUAAAUGACACUCUCACCUAAUAGGUGAAUUGCACAAAUGAUAAGCUUUGGUAUUUCAAUCUCACGGGCUCCUUCUGAUUUUGUUCAACAGUUAAGAGGGAAAUAAAGAAACAUGAAUUGCCCAAUACUGCAUUCUUUACUACUCAUUUCUGUACUUGUACCAAUUUUCCCUUGCACUAUUCAUGCAAAAUCCAUAAUAGAACCAUGCAUCUCUUCAGAUUCUUGUCCUUCUCUUCUCUCUUACCUUCUCCCAUUUGAUUCACAGCUUCCUGCAAUAGCCUACCGGUUCGGAGUCAAUAUUUCUGAUAUCUUAGCUACAAAUUCUAUUGACCCAGAAGCAUUACCAUCCAUAAAUAACCAAAUUCUGCAUGCCAAUUCUCUUGUCAAGAUACCCAUUUCAUGCCCAUGUGUAGAAGGCAUCAGACGGUUGAUGUCAACCUCUUAUACUGUCAAGCCAGCUGACACAGUCGAUUCUAUAUCACUUGGUUUUGGUGGAUUAGUUAGCGGUGAGCAAAUUACAAGUACUAAUGGUAUCAAUGCCAACAACCCAUUAAUGAUUGGACAGAAACUAGUGAUCCCAUUGCCUUGUUCUUGCUUUGAUAAUAAUGACAAUGGUGUUGCUGCUGUUUAUAUGUCGUAUGUGGUGCAGAAUGGAGAGAGUUUGGAGAAGAUUGCUAUGGAGUUUGAUACUACGGUUAUGGACUUGGAGAAUGUCAAUGGAUUUGGCCAACCUCAGGUUGAUCCUGGUGACAUUUUGGCAGUUCCAAUUUCAGGGGGGUUAAUCGAAUUCAGAACCUUUGCUGCUUGUUCUUCUACAAAUCUGAAUUGGUACAAUCAGAGUCUACUGGUUCCAAAUGGCUCUUAUGCUCUAACGGCCAACAACUGCAUAAAAUGCCUUUGCUUGCCGCGCAACCUCAGCCUGCAGUGUUUACCUUCAGGAAUUGGGGACUCGUGCUCUCAUUUACAAUGCAAAGAUUCUAAUCUCUUCAUAGGGGAUCAAUACGUGCAGCACACUGCAACUGCCUGCAACAUCACUGCUUGUGUUUAUCGUGGCUAUUCUGGCCGCAAAAUUCUGAGAAAAUUAUUAAAAUCCUCUAAUGUUCAAUGUCCAGGUAACCAUAGUUAUAAUGCAAUCUCACCAUUGGCUUCUCCGUCGUUCAAUCCAAUUGAACCAUCUAUAGCGUUACCUCCAUUGUUAUCCCCAUCUUCAGCUCCUCAUCCAAGUAUGGGGAUUGAUGGUUCUAAUCCUAGGAAUAACCAGAAUUUCAAUGCUUCUAGCAAUGGAGAAUUUCUUGGUCACAUCUCUUUCUCUUUGUACACUCUAUUUCUUUUAGAAAUUUUCUUUUGCUUCUUCUUCUGAUAGAAAAUUCAUUUCUUCUUCAAACAUUAGUCCUGUUUUUAAGUGAUUGGAUUGGAUAUUUUAGACGAGACGUACCUUGCCCAUGCCAUGAUGCAUUAAUUUUGAUCAUUUAUGGCAUUUUGUAUUAUAUAUUGGAUAGAAACAAAGUGAAAAUUAAGACUAGUAUGCAUGACGAAUGCAUUAUUUAUUUUUUUAAUUGAAAUAAAAUGGUAUUUAAAAUA